AUGUCUUACCCGACUUACGACCCGUCUCUGUUCGGCCCAGAAGACCAGACGCUCCAUACUGUCUUCCUGAGCCGGUAUAUCUCCCUGGCGGGGUAUUCUGUACUUCUGCUUGACCUGAUCAUCACCCUACCCCAUGAAAUGUCGGUGGUGUGGCCAGCACGAUGGUCGAUCGUGAAGAUAUUGUUCUUGAUCACUCGAUACAGUGUACCUCCUGUUAUAACGGCGAACAUCGUAGGUAUCCUUGGGCUGACGACCUCCUUGACCACCACCGGUAUGGCGAGACUCAUGGCGUACUACCAAUUAACCGCACUUGCUCUGUUCAAUGUGAUUGUAUCCUUACGACUCCACGCCCUGUAUGGCCGCCGUCGUGACGUAUUCUGGGCUCUGGCCGUUCUGCUUGCGUUCACCUACAGCGCGGCCAUCGCUCUCGCAUCCCACUUUUUCGGGAAUGUAGUCUUCCCCACGGUUGCGUAUACCGAUGUACCUAACUUCGAUAUGUGCUUUGCCACAAAAUGGCAGGGUGUUUGGGCCGUGUGGGUUCCCGCAACGAUAUACGAGACAAUCCUGUGGGGUAUGACAGCUUACAAGACGUGGCAGCAUUGGCAUGUUGGACGUGUGCCACUCCGAGUAGCACUAGCUGGUGAUGGAUUUCUGUAUCAUAGUUGCGUCUUGGCAGUGCGUAUCCUCUCCGUCUUGACAUUUGGCCUUUCGCAAUCUCCAUCCUUGAUGCUCUUCGUCGUCAAUUUUGCCUUCUCAAUCAUCACGACCGCCGCCUCACGGAUGAUGCUCUACCUGCCCAGUGUUCAGGGGAUGGAACGCUGGUCCCAAGAACAAGACACUUUCCGGGAAUCUGGCGAGUGCUCUGAAUGGGCCAUCUCUCCGGACCUUGCCCUCCGCGCACGUCCGAAAGUUAACCUCUGGCUCGCCGACCAGGGCGGGAGGUCGUUUCUCGAACAGGUGUACCAGACUACUGUGGACGCGGAGACUCCAGAGAAGCCAACGUUACUGUAUAUGGACAAGUUUAUUGUUGGUCAUACGAGGAAGUAG